UAUGUCCCACCUCCAUCAAUACCAAUGAGAAACAAAUCACCAGUGAGAUCAUCUUCACCAAUAAGAUCUCGCUCACCUUCACCAAGAAGGUACCAACCUUUCAAUUUUAGAUCCACAAACCUCUCAACACCUUCUUUGAACAAUGCUAGGGCAUCUCAUAGAAAAGGUCAUAGAUAUAAACACUCCUCUGUUUCAAUGAAUUUUUUUCAGGAACCAAAAGCUAGAGCGCCCUUAAAGAUACCAGCUUCAUUCCCAAUACCCACUAUCAAUGAAUUUUUCACAAGUUGUAAUACUCUACAGAAACAAAAAUUGGCUUGGUCUUUUUUCCACUUACUAACGUCAAUUAUAAUUUUUUUGGUUGGUUUCAAAUACUCAAUUUCAUCUUUUUCAACAUUAAGUCAUUUGAUAUUUUAUGACUCACUUGGAAGUUUGACUGUUGUUUUCGUUGAUAUAAUGAGUAAUUUUGAUGUUUGGAGUAAAAGUUCAAUCAAAUUUCCAUUUGGAUUGGGAAGAGUUGAAGUUUUAUUUGGAUUUGCACUAUCGGUUUCAUUGAUAUUUGUUGGCUGUGAUCUAAUUAGUCAUUUUGCUGAGGAAUUUAUGGUUUCGUUUUUCAACGAUGAAGAAGGCCAUGAUCACACUUCUGGACACAACCAUCAUAAUUCAAAUUCAAUUGAUAUAAACCUACCUCUGUAUGAGUUUUUUGUGUUAUUAACGGUAACUGUCACACUGGUGUCCUCAAACAUGGUUGUCAAUAAGGAAAGAGUUAAUAAUAUGAUUACAAAUUUCUCGUUUUUGAAGAAUACAAUAAUUAACAACCCAACACAUUUCAUCACAUUGAUCUUUUCGGCAUAUUUAUUUGUUUAUCCAUUUGUUGCAAGUUUUGAUUCUGACUUGAAGAUUAACGAGGCUUCAACUUUAUUCAUUUCGGUAAUGAUCUGCUAUAUUGGCUGGAAAAUUGUGAGGUAUUUAGGUUGUAUUAUUUUAUUAAGUUAUCCGAAUACCAAGAAGAGUUAUAAUGCAAUCUCAAAUGCAAUAGUCAAGGACAUUAAAGAUUUGGAUCAAUUCAAAUCAAAUUAUACAAUCUCUAAUUUAAUUAUAUUUAGAGUUCAUCUUAAAUUGUUGACAGUCUUUAUGAACAUCAAAAUGGUUGGAGGAUCAGAUGAUGAUGAGUUGAAUUUACGUUAUCAAAUUAAUGAAUUAGUCAAG